AUGACAAGCACCGGGCCUGUCAUCGUUUACGAGUGGCUGAAGACCCUCCAGCUUGCCCAGUACGUCGAGGCUUUUGUGGAUAAUGGAUACGACGAUCUGGAGGUUUGCAAACAAAUCGGAGACCCCGACCUGGAUGCCAUCGGGGUCUACAUCCCGCACCACAGGCAGCGGGUUCACGACGCGGUGAGGAGGCUAAAGGAUGAAGCCAACGAGACGGCCAGUGGACUCUAUUUCACCCUGGAGCCGAUGCCACCCGCGGCUGAGAUUUACACCAGUCACAUGGUGGACCAGUAUGAGUCCAAACUACGGGGAUCCAAGUCCUGGACCGAGCCCAACAGUGACCGGAUCGGACGCAACGGUGGGUACGUGGGCGCGCAGAGGAACCUGACGCUGGGCAACAGGAGGGAGCUGGUGAUUUACCCCAAGCUGAAGCUGAAGAUCAUGAUCAGGGAUAAGCUCAUCAGAGAUGGCAUCAACCUCGCCAAGCCGCCCUACUCUAAUAAGGUUGUGAGACACAUUCCUCACACCCAUCAAUUCAACCUCACACCUCCUGACACACUAGAUUAUUCCCGCACUGCCUCGCCCAGUGCAGUGCCCUAUACUCCACAACCCCCUCCACACACAGACACAUGGCCCCCGGCCCUUAACAAACAGACCGACACCUGA